GACAUUUCAAUGCUUUUAAGUCAGUAGAACGUCAAUGCUGCUAAUGACAUUGACGUUUUAGACAAAAGCAACAUAGGCGAUUUCCGAGAGCCUUUAUAUUUCAGCUGUCCUCGGUGGUAUGAAAUGAAUUUAACAAAUCCAUGCUGACUUUCAUCGAUGAUAUUCUUUAUGUGGAAGUUCAGGAGAUUAGCAACAAUGGCAUCUAGCAAUUCUGAAAUUACACAUUGUAGGGAAACAUCACGGUAGUUAUUUUUCCUGAAGAUAUGAAAUUGAUUCCUCCCAAAAAGUUCGAGUCUUUGAAGACACGCCAACGACACAAGUGCAAGUUUUUCUAACAACAUUCUAGUGUUAACAAAACUUUUGAGCAUUGAAUUUUAGAAAGAAAACGCAGAGCUGGCAUCUUUCUUUUAUGCAACACAACAGAACACCACACAACGGACUCAUAUUAUUUCUCUCUGAAGGCACCGAAGCCAAUUGUGAUGAUCCAGACAAGAUUGAGGACGACAAACCUUCGGGAAUAAGAACAGUCAAAACCCGCGUUCAAAGAUUCAGGACGACAAAAACCGUUGUGAGCGCGCAUUCGGCGAGAAGAACUACGAGUUUUUUUUAUCAGGAUGGCGAACAGGUGAUUCGGUCUUGUUUUUUUGGUGUCCUGAAGAAAAAUAUUUACAGGAAGAAAAUGUCGCCAGGAUUUCGUGAAAUUGUGCGUCAGCAGGACGGUAGCCAUCGAAUGGCUUGGCCCAACGCAGAUCAUUUUGGCAACGUUAUGAAUGACUUGAUUAGCACAUAUGUAACGAACACGAAGAACCAUUUGAAUACACAUGGUAGGAAACGUCUCCGUGAAUUUUUACGCAAAAAAAUGUUCGAGAUCAUCAAAAGCGAUCCGAUCGUGCGGUACGAAGAGAAGGACAUAUAGAAGUAAUGUAAUAGGUAAUGUCGCUGAGAAUAAAAAUGGCAAUACAGAAGUGUUGAACUGAAGCGCAACAUGAAAUAUGUAUGUAAAUUUUAGUUUAAAUGUGGUUUCCUGUAUAUUCGUUACAUCGCAACGCCGCGCCAUUCACAACGUACAAAUCUUACGAAGAUUUAGAUGGCACUGUUGACGUUUUAAAGAAAAAUUGCAAAACGACAAAUACAAUAUAAAACUUGUCAAUCAUAUUUAUUUCUUAAAAACGCAAAGUGAAUCGUCGCUUUAAUAAAAAAAAACGUACUAUACAAAAUAUAAAUUUUGAUUGUGUUUUUUUAUGUUUUUUUUUCGGGAAAAUGUUAAGAGGUAGCGAAAUGUUAUCUUCAAUAAAGUUAUAGAGUGUGUCAAGUUCCAAAACUUUGCUGAAUUCACUAACACUUAUCAUUUUCGCGAAAAACAUAAAAAACCAUAUUCCAAAAUACGAUUCUACUGGAGCGUCGAUUCAUGUGACGUUUUUAAGAAACAAAUUUCAAGUUGCGCUUUAGUUCAAACACUUCUGUAUUUCCAUUUUUAUUAUCAACAACACAACAGUCCUGCGAUUUGUUCCUCAUGAGAAUCAGUGGUGAAUUAUGUAAAUAUAGCCAUCAAAAUUGUGCAGAUUUUCAAAAAGUGAUCCGAGGUUGCAUUCACUGUUGUCGUCCUUGUCAUCCUUUCAAAUAGGCUGGAACGUUUUGUAUGUAUAGAUGCGCUCAACUUUUAUGCGCACUUCGAUAUAAUCAAUUUUCAUGCUUUUCACCACUACAAGUAAACAUCAAUACUACUACUAAAAUUUUCAGCACAGCUUAGUGCGUCAAACUUUCUGCUAUCACCAAACGUGAAAAAAAUUGAAAUAAGACAGAACAUCACAUCAUUUAGACAAAUUAUUGGUUUUGAGGCCAUUUCCAUUUCAACCCUCGUUAUUAGAGAAAAAAGUUGAAUGUUCAGUUUUUUGAAAUUUUAUUCUGUUAUAAAAAACUAGACGAACAAUUGAAGAAACAAUGAAAACUAGAAACGGUCCAAAGUUAUAAACACUAAUAUUGAAAUUAAAUUGAUUUAUGUGUGGUGCAAAAUUUGAAGAAACGUAUAAUAAAGUGCAAAGAAGAUAUUAUCAGAACAAUUGUUUGCUUCAAAAACCUCAUCCGCUUCAUUGUAGAUUAAUACAAUUUCUAGAAUUUGAUUAUUCCUAUUCAAAAACCAUUUCAAAAGACAUUUAACGUAAAAAAAUGCAACCUCCACCACGAAAAGGAAAUUAUGGUAAAUAUUUGAAGGGCUUGCACUCCGAACAGCUUGCCAAACUUCAAUUGAAAAAUCAACAUGAAUGUGAAUUGCUUGAAGACAUUCGGCAGUUCACAAUCAAGAGGUCUGCUAUUGAGAAAUCUUAUAGCGAAUCAUUACUUAAAAUAUCAUCGCUGUACUUGAAUAAAAAGAUGGUUUGCAUUCCGGAAAUCAAAUUAGAUGGUUCUGAAAAAUGGAAUAUGUGGAGUGUUUGGCAAACUGUUCUGGAAGAAAAUGAAAAAUUGGCUAAAGCUCGUUUAGCUGCCAUUGAGGUUUUUCAACAGCAAAUCGCCGAUGAAGCAAAAAGCUUACGAGACUAUAAAAUUCAAAUUAGUAAAAAAUGCUUAAAUCAACUAGGUAAUAUCCAAAAAGAAUUGCAGACCACCGUGCAGAAAAUAGACAUAACAAAAAAGUCUUAUUUCGAUGAGGAGCACAGUGCACAUGGUGUUCGCGACAAAGCACGAGAUAUAGAAGAAAAACUCAAGAAGAAAAAAGGCUCAUUUUUUCAAUCAAUCACAUCAUUACAAAAAAACAGUGCUAGGGUUACAUCACGCAAAGAAGAACUGGAAGAGAAAUCAACAGGAGCACGGAACGAUUAUAUUUUGAGUUUGGCACAUGCAAAUGCUCAUCAAAAUCGUUAUUUUACAGUUGAUUUGCAAACUACAAUGACAACUAUGGAAAAUUAUGUGUUCGAGCGCAUCGCUGACUAUUUAACAUUGAUGGGUAGAACUGAACUACUUACUUGCUCUGCAACACAACAUUCGUUCACAAAAAUUCGUGAUCAAGCACAUCAACUAACACGGGAGUACAAUGUACAGUGCUUGUAUUUGCUGUAUCCUGUACUUAAGCAACACAUCCAAUAUGAUUACGAGCCUUGCGAUAAUGAUCCAGUCACUAAAAUAACUGCUGAGCAUGACUCAGCCGCAGCAACAUUGAGCCGAGAAGCAAAACUAUUUGCUUCCAAAAUUGUUCGUGAGAAUAAUUCAAUAAGAGAAAAUGCCCGAAAACUAGCAGUUUGUCAACAGUUGCGUGAUUCAGGUCAGCGAUCCGAUCCAAACGACCCGAAUGGACCCGACCUAGAAACGAAAAUUGAGGAAUUUCGCGAGAAAAUUCGCAAGUCAGAAACUGAAAAAGUCAAAUCAGAAGCAUGUCUGGAGUGUCUACGAGCUGGUGGUGUUAAUGUUGAUGAGUGGAUAGAAGAAGCCGAAACGUUGGGCGUACAAGAAUUACCUCGUUCAUCGAGUUCAUUAUCAAUGCGAACAGACGCAUCAGGACAUGGUGAGCAUGCAAGUUUAGACUCUUUCUAUGAUAGCGAUAAUACCGAAGCUGAAGCAGCACCCGCUUCUCAAACUGCAACGAAGACAGGUCAAGCUCAAGCUCCAGCCCAAGUCCAAGGAGAUGAUGACGACGAUGAUAGUUCUAUAGCGGAAUCAGAGGAAAAUUAUGGUGUAACAGAACACCAACAAGAAAAACAGCCACAUAUGGAAGAAUUUGCAAAUUGGGAUGAUCCGACUACAGUUGAUUGGGGUGCUUCGAAUGCUGCUGCAUCUGAAGAUUCUCCUCAACAAGUUUCAAAUGUAAAUGCGUCCGUUACGUCAGCUUCAGAUCCUCAUACUGCGAAUGAACAAAUAUUCAAAUGUAUAGCUCUUUAUUCAUACAAUGCUCAAAACCCCGAUGAAUUGACAAUAGUCGAAAAUGAGCAACUUGAAGUGAUUGGAGAUGGUGACGGCGAUGGCUGGCUACGAGCUAGAAAUUAUCGUGGAGAAGAGGGUUAUGUUCCACAUAAUUAUUUGGAUGUUGAACGUGAUUUGUCCACAGAUACAAAUGCAAAUCAGGCACUAACUACACAAAUUUCCUUCUCAUCAGUCGACUAUACUAUCGAGAGUGAAGAGCCUGAUGUACAAUCGCCCGAUCAGGUUAGCGUUAUAGCCGUACCCAUGAAAUUGGAAAAAUCGGACAAAGAAUAUUGCAUCGCUUUAUAUGAUUAUGAUGCCUCUGCUGAAGAUGAAUUGACAUUUGAAGAAAACCAAAUAAUAACUAUCGUAAAUAAAUCACCGCACGGUGUCGAUGAUGGUUGGUGGGAAGGAGAACUUAACGGAAAGUUUGGUAACUUUCCAUCUCUAGUUGUUGAAGAAUGCGAUGAAAAUGGAGAACCAUUAACUGAGCCUGAUAUGGAAUCACCAGAAGCUGUAACACCACCCGCAUUCGACGCACCACCACCUCCACCUCCAGAGUAUUACAAGGAUCUAGAAGACGCUGUUAAUGAGGCUAAUUUAUUGAAUGGUACAGACUCAUAUACACCAUCAAAACCAGUAGUUAAAUUCGAAAUGGAACUAUCAGAGUCAAUGCAAACACAAUAUGGAAAGCAAUUCAAGGACACACCAACACCGGUUAUGGUGCUAGAACCAGAUUCAGACUCAGAUCAAGAGGAAAAUACGUUUCACUCGAAGAAAGAAGUACAAGUGGAUGAACAUGAUUUGGGGCUAGGAUGCGUCCAGAUAUCAGUAACGGCUGCCACACCGAUGGUCGAAGAUGCAGAAAAAAAGUUUCUAGACGAAAUUAUUAAAGAAGAAGAUGAACAGGAGGACAUAGAUGAUGACAUUGAACAAUUGAAGCGAGAUGAAUUAGAAAAAGAGGUGGCAGAAGCAGUUGACGAAAUUUUGGAAGAGGCUCGGAUUGAAACCAGCAAGAGACCAAACCCGAAAUCGUUAGAGAAAACUGACUCUAAAGAAGAAACCAAAAAUACAAUUGCAAAUAAGGAAGCUUCAAAUUCACCGGCCAACCGAGAAAAACAACAGGUUCCUCGAUUCGGUCCCCCCACUGUUCCACCACCUCCACCACCCGUUUCAACAUCUAUAUCAUCUAUUGAUGAUCACAAUAAAUUCGAUGCGAACUUCGAAGCAAACUUUGAUAAUGCAUUUGGUGAACCUGAUCAGCCAGAUCAGCCUGAAUUACCGAAACAAUUGGGUGGUAGAGCUAGCAUACCUGAUGAAUUGGCACCACAUCAGCUGGAGCGCUUACAAAAUCUCAAAGAAUCGAAUGCAUAAGUUGUUCGAACUCCGAAUGAAUUCAUCUAGUAUCAAUGUACAAUUUAGCCCCUUGUAAACUUGAAAACGUUGAGGCCAUGCACAAAAAGUAUAUAUGACAUUUGUGAAUUGCGCGAUCGUAACCAAUUCAAUAGCGUUAAAGUAUAGAAAUAAUAAUAGUUGGGACAAAAAAAAGCUAGAUGGUCUUAGUGGAAUGAUUGAACAUAAUAUUUUUGUAAAAUGAAGUGCUUCAUGAAUAAUAAUAAUUCAACAACUGUAACUAUUUUGUGAGUUAUCGUCACUUAAUAUUUUUCACGUAUUAACGUACGUUUACGUACUAAUGGAAAUUUGCAUUAAUUCCAAUAAUAAAGUGCGAAAUGAAUUUUGAAUUGAACUUGCAUUGAACACAUUCGAAAAGUUGGACAAAAAAACGUCCCAUUUCAAAUAUUCCUUAAUAUUCGUUUUAAUUCGUUUAUUCGUUUAUUCAGUCAGAGGCAUUCAUCUCACGCUAAUAUUAUGUUUCAUAAUUCUUCUCUGAUAUUCAUAUGUAUCAUUAAUCAUGUACUAAGCUUAAGUUACAUAAUUAUGUAAAAACAGUCAGUUCAAAUAUGAUAUUUUGAGAAUCCAAAUGACAGCAAGGCAAUAGAAAUAUUUUACAAUUAAGGCCAUUUCGCACAUCGAAAUAUAUUCUCAAUUGUGCGACUUGGUAGUCAAUCGGUAAGAGUAGGUGUGAACUCAUACAAAUACAAAAUGAUGGCGAAUAAUUUGGUUCUCUGGCUUUGUUGUUAUGCAUGCCGUUUGAAUGGCAGCCUGGAGAAGAACAUAGGAUAUGCAGUUAAUUUGUAGAAGUUGGCAUAAUUGUAUCAAUUUUCGGUUUCGUUGAUUGCAAUUGAUAUCAUACGAGCACAAAAUAUUUGGUAUAUUCGGCGCGAAAUUUACUGUUAGUCGUUUGGGUGGUGUUUUGCUACAUGCAUCGAACACGAAUCAACAAUGAACAACACUAUGUUGUCAACACAUAACUGUAUUCGACAAAGCAAUGAGAAAAAAGCAGAAUCAGCAUUCCGCUUGGUGUUUAUUUGACAACAUCACUUCACUGUUGGCAUGGGAUCAGUUUAAAAAGGGAAAGAGAGAGAUUUUGCAUCGGUUCAGUUUGUAUCAAUUGACAGAUCAUCAGCAUUGAUUUGAAUAUGAUCUAACGCAUCUUACUUUAAAAGAGGCGAAUGCGUAUUUACAACAGAGUAACGCGUCAAAUCAGCGUCCAACAGGACUGAACAGUUUGGUGUGAUACAGUGGCUGCAAAAUGCAUCUUAUGCAAAGAUCUUUUUGAGCUGUUCAAUGGAUACACUCCCGAUAUUUUUACACUGGAUCGUGGGUUCCAAAUACACUUCGAUGGGUUCAAUGCAUAUGUGGUUGAGAUGCAGCAGAACGCAGCAGCAUUUUAGUUUUAGUUUUGAUUUUUCGUUUUUGAUAAUAAUUUAUGUAACGUUAAGUUAUUCUGCUGGGAGCUGAUUUUGUGCCCCUGUCGAAGUACCUACCGUGUCGGCUAGUGGACUAUCAAAAAUUUUUGAGAGAAGGUGGCUAGAGCUCUAGCGGAGAAUCUUUUUGACAGCAAUAAAAAUCAUAACAUAAACACUUUCUUCUCCGGUAUGCAUGGCCAAUAAACUAUAAUCGCCGGCAGUUUCGGUAAAUACAUAUAUGUAAAACAAGCACAUUCGUUAUUUUCAUUUGAAUCACCAAUUGAAAAAUUUUCGAAGACCUAGAAAAUAUUUUAGUUUCCGCAUUUAUUAUAUCUCUUCUAUGCAAUGUCAAUUGUUCAUGACAAAUCUGAACAGAAGUUAGACGAAAUAAUCUAAUACGAUGCAUUCAUUAAUACAAAUAUGUUUAUCAAAUUUAUCUAUUCGGAUAUCUAUUAUAUAUGAUAUAUAUACAAUACAGUGCCAUGCAAAAGUUUGAGUACGACUAUAAAAUGCAUUAUUUCCAUGUCUUUUUGUCUUAUUCAACCUGAAUUAGGGUUCUAAUCUGGAAGCCUAUUGAAAUUCUGACCGAAUGAAAUAUUUCAAAGACAAUAUUUGGCCGGCCUAUGGCCAUUUUCGGCCAUUGAAAAAUGAGUUUUUUAACAGGCCGUCGGAUUGAAAAGUCAUAUAUAUAUAUCAAUAGAAAGGUCUUGAAAAGUGGAUGUCAUUUCUGGUAUAAAACCCAAAAAUGACAUUCACUUUUCAAGACCUUUCCAUUGAUAGAGACAUUUUUCACACUUUCUAUUGAUAUAUACCAUAUUGGUAUGACUUUUCAAUCCGACGGCAUGUUAAAAAAAAACUCAUUUUUGUCCGCCAUUUUUCAAUGGCGGAAAAUGGCCAUAGGCCGGCCAAAUGAAUGGUUUGGAGCGAAAAUGUAAUACAGAAAAGUUGAGCGGAAAAAUGUCGAAUGAAAAGGGAUAGCUAUAUAGUUCACUAUAGUUUACUAUACAUUAUACUAUAUAGCUAUCCCUUUUCCGCUCAUUCAUCAUUUACAUUUUUCCGCUCCACUUUUCUGUAUUACAUUUUCGCUCCAAACCAUUCAAAUAUUGUCUUUAAAAUAUUUCAUUCGGUCAGAAUUUCAAUAGGCUUUCAGAUUAGAACCCUAAUUUGGGUAAAAGACAAAAAGACAUAGAAAUAAUGCAUUUCAUAGUCGUACUCUAACUUUUGCACGGCACUGCAAUAUAUAUAUUUUUAUUUAUUUGUUGAGAGAUAACACUUUUCUUGUGCAUAGUGUAUGUUGUGCAUAAACAGAAUGCUUAUGGAUGUAUCAUUAUCGUUGAUGCUGCAAGUUAUUCAGUACAAUAUAUUAAAGUAUAUUUGGCAUGGAGUAUGGAAUUAGGAUUAUGUAAAAUGAAAUAUAAUUUUUCGUCUAAUGCCUUCAUAAAAGAAAGAAGGGCCGAAUAAAUAUUAUUCAUUACAUUCAUUUACACUCUUUUUACGAGUGUUUUUAGUUUGAUUUAAAUAUUGAAUAUAGAAAUAUUGACAUGAUA